AUGAUGCCUGUCUCUCUGUUCCUUUAGUAUCAGGUGGGGCAGCUGUACUCUGUGGCUGAGGCCAGUAAAAAUGAGACAGGUGGUGGUGAAGGUGUGGAGGUCCUGGUGAACGAACCGUAUGAGAAGGAUGGUGAGAAAGGCCAGUACACACACAAGAUCUACCACCUACAGAGCAAAGUACCUACUUUUGUUCGCAUGCUGGCCCCAGAGGGAGCCCUGAAUAUACACGAGAAAGCAUGGAAUGCCUACCCAUACUGCAGAACUGUUAUUACAAAUGAGUACAUGAAAGAAGACUUUCUGAUUAAAAUUGAAACCUGGCACAAACCAGAUCUUGGCACCCAAGAGAAUGUGCAUAAACUGGAGCCUGAGGCAUGGAAACAUGUGGAGGCCAUAUACAUAGACAUUGCAGAUCGAAGCCAAGUACUUAGCAAGGAUUACAAGGCAGAAGAAGACCCAGCAAAAUUCAAAUCUAUGAAAACAGGGCGAGGACCCUUGGGCCCAAAUUGGAAGCAAGAACUUGUAAAUCAGAAAGACUGCCCAUAUAUGUGCGCAUACAAACUGGUUACUGUCAAGUUCAAGUGGUGGGGCCUGCAGAACAAAGUGGAAAACUUUAUACAUAAGCAAGAGAAACGUCUGUUUACAAACUUCCACAGGCAGCUGUUCUGUUGGCUUGAUAAGUGGGUUGACCUGACGAUGGAUGACAUUCGAAGGAUGGAAGAAGAGACGAAGAGGCAGCUGGACGAAAUGAGACAAAAGGACCCAGUGAAAGGAAUGACAGCAGAUGACUAAACUCACUCCUCCCCCUUCUGCACUUUUUGCAAGACAGUGGUCAACAGGAAGGCCCAGCAGCUCCACCCUCCUGAGUGACAGGCCAUCUUCGGACGCAGCCUUUCUGUGCCCAUUCUUCAGGCAACUUCCGAUCCAUCCCUUACUGUAGCUAAUUCUAGAUGCCCUUUAAUAUUGUGAACAAAUAGACCGUCUGGUAUUACAAAGCCUGUGUGCUCGGGAGCCUGCUCCUCUGAGAAACGUGGCGGGUAGGUUGCUGUAUUAACAGCUCCUCCCUCUCUCUCCAUUGUAUUCUGACCCAUUUCUGUGUGUGCCCCCAACCUUUAUUUCCAAGUGACAUUUUUAGUCUUUCAAAAUAGCUGCCUUUUUGUGAUGUGGUGAUUUAAGUUCACUUGUUUUCAACCUUGGGAUAAAUUGAGGUAUUUUGCUUCCUGGGCAGACCUUUGCAAUUUUGAGUGCUCACUUGGGGAGAGAGAAUGGGUUAAAAAUACAGUUGUUCUUCUCCUAGUUCCACACAAUAGGAAUGUGGCUUCUUAACUCUGAUCUCUGCUCUGAAGUACCAAGAAGCUAUCCACGGCCCAGCCAGUUGCUGCUUAAGGAAAUUUAGCAAAUUGAUUAAUUAACUCCUGCACCAGUCAUUGCAUCUCUGGUCACUAUUCUUAGAAACAACUGUGGCUUCUCUGCUCUCCUGCUGUUCACUCUCUGAAUCUGUCCAUAGAACCUAAAAGACACUUUAGUCACCUCUUUUACCUGGAGGGAACUGUCCAAUGUGGCCCUUAGAAUCAAGUAUGCCCUAUAGAUAGCAAUCUGUUUGACCCCAGAGGAACUUGUAUGUUCAUGCUCCUCUUCCCUUUUGGGCCGGUGCUGCCACUCAGCAAUAAUCUUCUUUUUUUCCUGUACUUUCUUAGAUUCCUGUCCUCUGUCUAUGAGGCUGGUUAGGAUGCAAGAGUCUGGAUCUUUUCAUGCUGCACAAACUGAGCAUGCAAAAAGCGUUUUUUUCCCCUGUAGAACAUGUACCCUCUUGUCUCCAAUCACCGGAAAAGAAUUUGCAGAUCAAGAACUCAGUUCAUCCUGCCCCCAUGCUGAGUUCUAUCCUGGACAAUCAAAAGCAAGUAGUGAUGGUAGUAUAGUAGAGUAUACUGUACCAAUGUAGGCUGUGAAGAAGUCCAAUCUCCAGGGGAGUAGAAACUGUUGAGUGCUCCCUAGUUCCUACAAAACUUGGCAGAACCUGAGUAUGCCGAAGAAUCUUAGAUAGCUGUAGUGUCACUAAUAUUUCCCAAACCUUAUGAAAUAAGUUGGCUUGAGUGUUCAGUGAUUCAAGCCCAUGCUAGCCAGGUACCUCUGCUAAUAAGAGGGACCAAAUCUCUGUUGGAAGAAUAACAACUAGGAUCGGUUAAUUUAUCCUUGUUUUGGUUGUUUUGUGGUUUUUUUUUUGUCAGUUUGUUUGCCUUAUUCGUUUCUAAGUGCAAUAAGGGAGUGUCUCAGAGAACUGCACCGGAGACAUCCUGAUUGGAUGGCUCCCUAGGGCAAGGGUGGACAGAUUUAAGCCCCUCAGAAUCGUUAGCUCUGACCUUCAUUGAGGUCCCUUUGGGACCAGGAGAUGUCCAUUACAGACACCUUCCUUUGUAUUAGGCUCCUCACCUUGUAGGGUCUACACUGGACUUGGGGCAUUUCACCUGCUGAUAGCAUAAAUACUGGACUGGGAAAGUUGGAGAAGAGGCAUUCCUACUGGAGAAAUAUGUAAAUAUUUUCCUACAAGCUCUGUAUUACCUAUUAAUUAUAUUUGUGCUUAAAGAUUUUACUUCUUCAUUCAUCAACUAGAUAAAUUCCAGAAAUGAGGUAUGUUGGAAGAAAUUGAUACUCUAGGCAGACAGUUGUUUAAUGUGGUAUGAGGGCCACCAAUGUUCAUCUCCUUCCGUUAGCUAUUCUUUGAAACCCAUACAUAUCACUAUAUCCAUACAUAUUGACUAUCAUGGGGGCUUGCUUUGUAUCUGCCUUUUUCUCUCGCUCUUCCUGCCUCUACCUAUUGCCCACAUUUGAAAGCAUCCAAGUGAACUGAACUAGACUUACUGAGAUCAGCCUGGAUCUGGAGCUCCUGGCCACGUAAACAUAAAGGAAGGACAUCUCUGCUCUAUUCUAUCUCCAUGGAUGAUGUUGCUGCUGGACAAAAAUGUUGGCUUCUUUUAAGUACCUUCUCCCCUCUUCACCCACCCCCAACUGAUGAGCACUCAGAGGGACUUAUGAUCAAAGGCUCAGCUCCAGGGAUAAUACCUGAGGGUGUGCCAUGCCCCUUCAGACCAGCUGCUUCCAUUAGAUUUCCAGGGUCUUAAUUCCAACUCAAAGCAGCAGUGCUUCACAAGAAGGCCGCUGGGCUCUGGCAUUCUCACGGAGAGAGACCGGGGACAGGGUCAGUAUUGUGGGCACAUAUCUAUCUUUCCAAGUUUUCCUUUUACAGUCCCUACUGGGACUCCCUGACUUAUUUUUGGUUGGUUCCUAGUGCUACUUCUUUUACAAACUACACUUUGUAGAACUGAUUAGAUUACCUUGUUUAUUUAAUGUGAGUUUGUGCCUUUUUGUCUCAAUCUUCCAAUACAGGUAUAUUGGGGGAAAAAGCAGUCUAAUAAAAUCCUAGACAGAGA